AUGUCAGCGCCGAAUAAAGCACCGGUGGUCCGAAGCCAUUCCACGUCAUCUCGUCCCUCGAGAGCAACUUCGGAACUUCCCCAUCGAACACGGAGCGUGGCUGUCCGCCCAUCCACCACGUCCCAGACUCCCCCGACUCACUCCUCACAUUCGAAGACCUCUGAUAGACGCCCACCUUCAAAUCACGCCCAGCUCGACGCUGUUGCCCGGCGCGACUACGAGGCAUCCAAUGUUGCGCGAGUACCUUCUCGGCGUGAGGCGUCAUCGGACCGAUCUCAGGAACGCCCCUCAACCGCUCGCACCGAAAGUACCCGACGACACCAAAGAAACCCCUCAUCGGGAGCACGUCAACGCGAAAGCGUCGAUAUGACACCUAGCUCUACUGCGCAGGGGACGUCGCAGACUGCGAUCGAUCCGAAUGCCACGGCUGCGACAGCUGCACCUCGACGACGAACUACGAUUACGACGCCUACCGGCCAAUGGGCUUUGGGCAAAACAAUAGGUGCUGGAAGUAUGGGCAAAGUUAAGCUGGCGAAGAACACAGAGACUGGAGAACAGGUUGCCGUCAAGAUCGUGCCACGACUUUCGACCGAAGAGCAUCGUACCAGCCGAGAGACAGAGAGGGCCGACCGCUCCAAGGAAAUUCGCACGGCUCGAGAGGCCGCCAUUGUCAGCCUGGUAAACCAUCCGUACAUUUGCGGGAUGCGGGACGUGGUCCGAACAUCAUACCAUUGGUAUAUGCUUUUUGAAUACGUCAACGGUGGACAGAUGCUGGACUACAUCAUCUCUCACGGCAAACUUAAAGAAAAACAGGCGCGCAAGUUUGCUCGUCAAAUUGCCAGCGCGUUGGACUACUGCCAUCGGAACAGCAUCGUGCAUCGCGAUUUGAAGAUUGAGAACAUUUUGAUCAGCAAAACCGGCGACAUCAAAAUUAUCGACUUCGGUCUUAGCAACUUGUUCUCCCCGAGGAGUCUGUUGAAGACAUUCUGUGGCAGUCUUUACUUUGCCGCACCCGAGCUGCUUCAGGCUAGACAAUACACGGGUCCCGAAGUUGAUGUUUGGAGCUUUGGUAUUGUCCUUUAUGUUUUGGUUUGUGGAAAAGUGCCAUUUGACGACCAAAGCAUGCCUCAACUACACGCAAAGAUCAAGAAAGGCGCCGUGGAAUACCCUCCGGGUCUUACUGGUGAAUGCCGCCAUAUCAUUUCACGCAUGUUGGUCACCGAUCCGAAGCAACGUGCUAGUCUGGCUGAGAUCAUGAAUCAUCCAUGGAUGAACAAGGGCUUCAGCAACCCUCCAGAAAACUACCUUCCUCAUCGCGAACCUUUGCAGCUACCGCUUGACCAAGAAGUCAUCGAAAAAAUGACUGGCUUCGAUUUUGGACCUCCAGAAUAUAUCACAGCCCAAUUAACCAAGGUUCUAGAGUCAGAGGAUUACAACCACGCCAUUCGUCUGAAUUUCCGCGAACAACAGCCUGUGUCUAACCACCCAGAGCGCAAGCGGGGAGUGUUUGAUUUCUACAAAAGACGCAACUCGGCUGCUAGCCGCGAUACUCUUUCUGCCCCUUCGGCCGAGGCUGUGCAAUUAGGCAAUGACCCCUUGAAUGCCUACAGCCCGCUGGUGUCUACCUAUCAUCUUGUGAAGGAAAAGAUUGACCGGGAGCGUUCUGAAGCGCGUCCUGGGGCUCUUGGCCUGCGUCAGACCCCCAGUGAAGUCCAGGUCGUUGAUCUGCGGCCCCCAGAGGCUGCUCACACCAAUCAAUACCAGUUGGCAGGAGACAAGGACACAGGGCGACGAUCUCGGCCAAGGGCCCGCACCCAUGGCGAGGAAGAGGUUGUUGAAGGAAUGAAGUCUCACCAUGCCUCUUCCCCAUCUGCACACGCAGUCCCAACUUCACACCCCGAUACCCCCGCAAAGAAAGAAAGUACUGCUGCUGGCAUAUUGAGGCGCUUCAGCACUCGCAGGGUCAAGGACCGCAGCCGUGACAUCGAACGUGAACGAACCAGUACCCCCAACACCCCCACUCUCAACGUUCAACCCCCUGCCGAUUCGGCGUCCCCCAUCAACCGUGGAUUCAGUGUCAGAAGAACACGACGGGGCGAGCCUUCUCCAGUCGGCACCUCCUCAAAUGACAGUCGGCCACAACAAGAUCAUCUGGCGGCACCGGGCUCGGUUGACCGUGCCGCUCGGUCCAACAAAUUCUUAGAGCGGUCUACCAGUGUCAAUUCGGCGGACUAUCGACCUCGGCGGACUGCGCGGAGAAGUGAUGCCGAUGCACUGGGUGUUUCCGCAGAUCUCCAGGAACCUUCCACCAGUGGCUCCGAACAAGUUGACACAAACCAGAAAGACACUGCUCCUCCGCGUGCUGGCGGACGCAUGCACACUGCCCGUACUAUGUCGCUGGGCCAUGCCCGGAGAGAGAGUAUCCAGGCCCGGCGGGCUCGCCGCGAGGCCACUCGGGAGGCAAACGUGCCCGAAGAAACAGAUGCUGACAUUUCCGGUGCGGGCACAGCUCUGGAGAGUGCCAACGAGGGAGAGGACCUAUCCAAACCCGUAUUCCUGAAGGGACUUUUCAGUGUCUCGACCACCAGCAGCAAGCCCUUGCCGGUCAUUCGGGCUGAUAUCAUCCGCGUCUUGCGACAACUCGCAGUAGAUUAUGUCGAAAUCAAGGGUGGCUUCAGCUGUCGCCACGCCCCUAGCAUAGACCUCGACAAGGUGGUUGAUGUCGCCCCUCCCAGCCCCGAACGGCAGGGUCCAGUUUCCGGUCACCGCCGUCGCAUCAGCUUUGGUGGCCUUCUUAACCACGAUGACAACCGCGACGAUAGCCGUGCAGGCUCCUCCAAACUCCGACAUGCCCAAGCCGCGCCGGAUCGCAGCUUUACGACGAACUCGGAUGUCUCAGAAGAAUAUGUUGCACGAGACCACGGCGCAGUGGGUGAGCGCGUUGUCGGCGAGACAACCACUCGUGUGCAGAGCGACACUGGUGAGAACCUGGUACUUCGGUUUGAGAUCUUGAUUGUCAAGGUUCCUCUCUUUUCGCUGCACGGAAUCCAGUUCAAGAAAGUGUCUGGCGGUAUGUGGCAGUACCGGGAAAUGGCGAAGAAAAUUCUCGAUGCCUUGAGGCUAUGA